CGCCUCGUGGCAUCCGUCGUAAUCAGCGUGUCACUAUCCAAUCAACUAUACCAAGUGAGCAGAUCACGAUAUAGUAGAGCGCUAAAACGCGGCUGGCAUGUCUGCCCGUGUGGCAUCUAUACUCUGUUGUGGACCCUUUCACAGCGUAGUGGACAUAUAUAUACCCGGUGAUCCAUAUGUACAUAGACCCCUUGCCUCCCUUCAGUGAACUGAAGAUAAUCCUUUGAUGAGACCAGCAUAAUGGCACGUUGUUCUUUUCAUCAGGGGAUGUACUACUAUACCCCGGAAUAUAUUUCCUAUGCACAACAACAUAUACAACUCCACCAACACAGUAUACUUCCGCAUCCACAUCCACAUCCACAUCAACAACCACCACCACUACAAAUCAAACCAACAAUACACCCACAAAUGAGGUAUCAUUACACAGAUCAACAUCACCACCAUUACCACCACCCAAGCACACAACAAACCCAACCCCAACCCCAAUCCCACUCACAAAAGAACACCCCCCACCAAAUAACUAUGACCCACCACCUCAAAAUCAAAACCCGAGUUCUAGAAAAUACCCUCCACCAACGACGCUACGAGCACGCUCUUCUUCGAGAAGGUCUUCGACGGGGAAUUUCUAUCGCAGAGAUAUUGCGGAGGUUGACGUAUAGAAGAGAUGUGUAUUUGGAUGGGAGUGUUGUUUCUCGUGAUGGAUGGGUGGGGAUGGGUGGUGAGGUGAGGGGGUAUAUAUCUCCUUCUGUUGUUGCUGCUGCUGCUGCUGCUGCUGCUGGGGAGAAGGAAGAGUGUAGAGAUGGGGGUAGAUUUGGGCGAAAGAGACGGGUAGAGGUACAGCUAGAUGAUAGUUUUUUGAGACGGGGGUAUAAACGGAGGAGGGUGAGGGAGGGAGAGAAGAAGAGAGAUGGAGUGGUAUGGAUGCAUUAACCCGAUCUUUCUUUAUAUUGUUACACUUGUACUUACGAGACAUGAUACAUACAUACAAACCAG